CUGUGCAAGGCGGCGGGAGAUUUCCUCAGCACUCGGUGGAAAACGGAAUGGUGGGACGGGCUUGGCGCUUGGUGUCGUAAAAUCAAGCAGCAGGCCUCCCAUAACAAGGUGCGCACGAAUGCGUCUCCGAAGAACCUUUCGCAGUCUCUGCCGAUGCGAGAGAUUAUGAUUCCGGGACGAUCGGGAGACGAUGGCUUUCGAAUCACGAAAAAAUCCAUGGCGGAUCAGGUUUCGGGCGGAGGGGGCCUCGGCCAGUAUGCGUCGCCUAUCAGGACGUGGGAAGCAGUGGUGAAGCUCCUGACUGCCAUAGUUUCCUAUGUAAGGAUUGAAGAUAACAUGUUUGACGAGAUAUUGGAGCUGUUGGCAGAGGCUAUGGAAAAGGAUCGGGAUGUGAGGGAUGCGCUGGAGGUUAUCAAUGCAGAUGCCGUUUGGGCAGUGAGGUAUGAGCGUGGGCUUGUCGAAUGGACUCCCGCUCCGGUGAUGGAGGGAGUGGUGUUUCCUGAGAUGGAGAGAGUAUCGUGA